CACCCCCCACCCACUCCCUAAUCUCACCUCCGUCCACAAACUUGCUGACUCUCCCCCCACCCGUUCCGUACAACCUCAGCUCCACCACCCUUUUCCCCUACCCUACUCCUACACCACCCCCUACCUAUACCUUUCCCCCUCCCCCUCUCAUGCUAUUGCUAACCUCACUUGUUACAGGAAGGGUUUCGCUAAUCUUGCUGCGCUACUUGAUGUUUUAUUUUCUCUACAAUUGAUACGAAGUUGGGGAAGUUUGGUUCUUCAAGUAGGAGAUACGGAAACUCUAAAAUCUUGAGAACUGGAGGGAGAUAAACUGUAAUGAUCGGUUUGUUUCGUGCAUGUGGUCCAUCAAUAUUCCCGGGAACUAAGCAUUUCAUUACUACAAGCCCAUCGUGCAAAACUCUUUUUAAUUCAUGGGGAGCAAGCUUGCAGAAUUCUAGUGCUAGGACAGUGAAGUUUGAAUUGUUGUUUACAAGGCUUCAGUGUCAGAGCUAUUCAUCAAAAAAGUUGGGGGGAGGUAGUUCCCGUAAGGGGAAACUCGAGUCUAAACCACUAAUGAAGGACGACAAGGAAGCCUUUUUUGUUCUUCGCAAGGGUGAUCUCGUUGGGGUUUACAAAAGCUUAAGUGAUUGUCAAGCUCAAGUUGGAACCUCGAUAUGCGAUCCUCCUGUCAGUGCAUACAAAGGUUAUAACAUGCCCAAAGACACUGAGAAGCAUCUCAUGUCUAGUGGGCUUAAGAAUGCUCUUUACUCCAUUAGAGCUUCUGAUCUUACUGAAGAACUUUUUGGCACUCUUAUACCGUUGCCUGCCUCAUAUAGAGGUGAAACAUCUAGUGAACCUGUGUCAAAGAAGAGGCCACAGGAACCUAUGUGGUCAGAAUAUGGGGAGGCUGUUGGACCCGUCUUGACUGCAAGCGAUGCAUUAACAAAGCAUUUUAAGUUAGACCCUUAUAGAGUUGACCAGAAUCAAUCAGUUUGUGUGAGUGGCAUAUGCGGUCAUGUACUAUCGAGUUUGAUGGUGCUUCAAAGGGAAAUCCGGGUCAAGCAGGGGCUGGAGCUGUACUGCGAUCUGAUGAUGGAAACUUGGCUACGUGAAGGCUUAGGCGUUGCCACCAAUAACUUUGCUGAAUAUCGCGGCUUUAUACUUGGGUUAAGAUAUGCACUCACAAAAGGUUUUACAAGUGUUCGAGUUCGAGGUGACUCCAAACUUGUUUGCAUGCAGAUUCAGGGAUUGUGGAAGGUCAAAAACCAAAAUAUAUCUGGCUUGUUUGAUGAGGCUAAGAAAUUGAAGGAUAGAUUUCUCUCGUUCCAGAUUAUUCACAUUUUAAGGGACUUAAAUUCUGAGGCCGAUACCCUGGCUAACUUGGCUGUAGAUCUUGCUGAGGGACAGAUUCAGGAGGAGAUCGAUAAAUAACUUCGACUGACAAGAACCUUGCGCUUCUUCUUCCUAACGCAAUUUUGCAUUUUUUAUUGGCAUUUUCUUAUUUUCUUGGAUUUAUUGGUUGCCUCUGUAUCAUCUACUGUUGCAAUUUUGAACAGUUAAUAUGUUAAAGUGGAAUGUAAAGUAUCAGUGGCAAAGGGCUUUUAGUUUUCA